AUGUCAAGUUAAAAAGAAAUAGAAGAAUCUUUUGAUUAUCCAGAUACUCCAUAUCGUUAGAAUCUGUGUUAAUAGGUUACUCCAAAUGGAAUAUACAGUUCAUCUUAAUUCAUUCAGUUUAGUAUAAAAUCAAAAUCAAUUUUUCCUUAAAAACACUAGAAUAACUCUACUAAAAAAGCAAAAAUAAAUAAAAGUUAUAUCCAUGAUUUUGAUGAAUAGAUUCAAAUUAAUUAGUAUAGUUUCAACAACAGUAAUAAAAUCAAACCAAUACAUACAUCUUUAUGUUCAUUAUUUAGAGAAGUAUCUUUUUAAUUUGAUUCAAAUAGAAUAAUAUUGAAGUUAAAUAAGAAGAACUUAAAUAAGAGCACUCAUUGAUAAAAUAUUUAGAGACCAUUUAAUAAUAAAUGUAGUAAUUAGAAUCUAGUGUAGUAGCCUUAGAAAGGAAAAUAUAUGUGAAUCAUGAGAAAAUAAAUAAACCUAUCAAAGAAACAAAUGAUCAUUAGUUAGUUUAUAUAAAUUAGAAUGUUUAAGGAUUAGUUGGAAGACUAUAGGAUAUUUUAAUGGAAAAGAAUUUAUUAACUGUUUAAACAUAAGCAAAUCAUGAUGAAGAUGAGAAAUAGACAAUUUAUACAUUCAAUAAAAAUUUAAAUAAAUUCUCCAAAGGAUAUAAGUGUCGUUACUGUAAUUGCAAAUUUGUUAAAGCAUGUUCUUUAGGGUAUUAAUUUAUAUAUAUAUUUAAAGAGGUCAUAUCUCUAGAACCCAUAAAGAGGAAUCCAAAUAAUUAAAAUAAAGUAUUCCUAUAAAGAAAAAUAAACAUAUAAAAAAAGAGAAAAUUAAUUCAGCAAAAAUGAAAUGAUUAAACUUAAUGAUUGUUAAUUUAUAUAUAAUUUAAAUUUAAAUUUAAUGGAUUAUCAGAAAUUAUUUAGUGUCAUUCCUAAAGAACCAAGAAGAUGGACUUAAUGUGAUGUUGAAUGCUGGUUGGAAUUUAUAGGAUUAUAAGAUUUAUCUAAUGUUUUUUGUAUAGAUUGAUAAUUUAAUUUUAUAGAAAGAAAUGCUAUUGAUGGAGCUUGUUUAGAAGUAUUAAAUGAUGAUGAUUUGAAUGAAUUAGGCAUAAAUUCUAAUGUUAAAAAGAAGAAGAUUUUAUAGUGGAUUCAAAAUGGAUUCAUAGAAUAUAAAUAAUUUGUAAGAAACAAUGUUGGUUAAAGUGAAUGGUCUAUUGCAAGCAAAUAAAUUAUAAACAAAGAAAAUCUUGAUUAUACUCCUAUAUAAAGAUUGAAUGAUUUUAAACCAAAAAGAGAUAACUUUUAAGAUAAUCAUAAAGUUGAAUUAGUGUAAUCUAUGAAAGUAGUUGAUGCACCUCAAAUCUUAAGAUAACCAAAAUAAAAUUUAGAAGCCACUAAAAUUCCAUCAUAUCCAAAUUCAAUUAAAUAGAUGGAAUCUAUAAAUACUAUUGAAAUAAUUUGCAUAGGUGAUAAUUAGAAAAUAAGUGUCACAGAAAAAGGACUGAGUAUAGGGAGAAAUCCUGAGAAUACUUUAAUAUUAAGUGAAGAUUAUGUAAGUAGAAAUCAUUGUGUAAUUGAAUUUGAUUAGAAAACAAAGAAUUAUUAUUUAAAAGAUACUGGAAGUACUUCUGGGACUUUUGUAUUAUUAAUGCAACCAUCAUUAAUGAGAAUAGGUUUGAUUUUACAUAUGGGAAGCAUGUAAUAUAAAAUAGAAUAAAUGAAUUGUAAUAAUUAAUAAUGUGAUGUGGUAUUGAGAGUAGUAGAAGGAUUAUAAAAGAAUUAAAAGUUUUAAUUUUAAUUAGUUAAGAAUUAGAAUUGUCUUAAAUUUGGUAGAUAAUUAGAAUAAUUUAAAAUGGAUACAGUAAUAUAAUAUAUUUAUAUAGUUAGCAUUUAUCUGGUAUUCAUUCCCAAUUUAGUUAUACAGAUGAUGGAUUGAUAUUGGAAGAUAUGGGUAGUAGAAAUGGAGUUUGGGUUAGAUUAAGUGAAUAAGGAUAAUGUAGUGAGAGAGUAAAGUUAACUUAAGAUAGAUAAUUUAGACUUGGUUAUGAGAAAAUAUAUUUGUGUAAUAUAAAUAAUAUUAAAUGAAUAAUAAUUAAACCAAUUAAGCAAUUUCUAUUAAAUUAGUGAUUGUUGGUGAUGGUAGUGUUGGAAAAACAUGUAUUUUGAUUAGGUAAGUAUAAUAACAUUAAUAAUAGAUAUACAUAAGAUAAAUUUCCAACAGAUUAUGUACCAACUGUAUUUGAGAAUUAUUGUACAUAAAUUGCGUAUGAGAACAAAAUGGUAAAUCUUAAUUUAUGGUAUUUAAAAAUCAUUAUUACUAAAAAAGGGAUACAGCAGGAUAAGAAGAAUAUAAAUAAUUGAGAUGUAUUAGUUAUCCAUAAAGUGAUGUCUUUGUAAUUACAUUUUCUGUAGAUGAACCAAGUUCAUUUUAAAAUGCAGUAAAAAAGGUAUCUAAUUAAACAUAAUAACAUAGUGGUAUCCUGAAUUAUAAGCUGAUUAACCAAAUGUUCCUAUUAUUUUUGUUGGAAAUAAAAUUGAUAUUAGACCUAUGGAAAAUGCUGAUGAGAAUAAAUUUGUUACUUUCAAUAUAGCAUAAAAGGUUGUAUCAGAUUUAGGAUGUAAAUAUAUUGAAUGUAGUGCACUUAAUGGAACUAAUUUAAAAUAAAUUUUCUAAGAAGGAAUUAAAUAAGCCAUUAAAAAGAAAUUCCCACCUUAAUAAUCUCAAACUUCAGUACCAGCAAAGAAUUAAGCUGGAACUCAAAGAAAGAAUAAUUCUAAUGAAAAUGAUGAUGCAAGUGGUAAAUGCUAAAUUCAAUGAU